AUGGGUCCUUCUAACUGCACCAUAGUCACUGCUGAUACAAAAUUUUUCAUCAUGUCAACAACAGAUACGUUUCAUGAAAUCUCACCUUUUAAAGUUCACAAGCUCAUUUUAUCUCAUAUUGGAGAAGUAAAAAAUGUAAAAAAACUGAAAUCUGGGGAUUUACUCAUCGAAGUAUCUAAUCCUACCCAAGCAGCAAGUCUAAGCAAAUUAACAGCAUUAGGAAAUAUUAAAGUCAACGUUUCUGUACAUAGGAAUCUGAACUUUUCACGCGGAGUAAUAUCCGAACGCGGUCUCAAAAACCAUACAGAAUCUGAACUUGUAGAUGAAUUGUCUGAUCAAAAAGUUUGUGGAGCUCGUCGUAUUCACAUCAAACGUGAUGGUAAAUUAAUCCCUACACAACAUGUCGUUCUAACUUUUUCCACCACAGAAUUACCAAAGUCAAUAAAGGCGGGUUAUUUAAGAUGCCCUAUCAAACCCUAUAUUCCUAAUCCAGUCAGAUGCUUUAAGUGUCAAAGAUUCGGACACUCGCAACAAGCUUGCAGAGGUACAAAAAUAUGUGCCAAAUGCUCCGUUCCUGGACACGAUUCUUCAGAAUGUAUCUCGGAGGAAAUUAAAUGUAGGAAUUGUGAAGGUGCUCACCCAGCCUUUUCAAGAUCUUGUCCUAAAUGGGCCUUGGAAAAAGAAAUUCUGACUCUUAAAAUGAAGAGAAAUAUUUCGUUUGCAGAAGCCAGAAAAAUAAUUACCGAACGUACUCCCAAACCAGGAGUUACAUAUUCAUCGGUUAUUAAACAAUGUACACAUUGCGGACAUAUUCCAAAUCCAAAUAAUACAGAAACCGGAAUUUCAUUCCAUUCAAAUGCGUCGAGGACACCUGUACCGUCUAACUCAUCACAAUCCAUAAAAGCGCAACCUAUUCCAAUGAAAAUUCCUUCCGAUACUUCUCUUUUAAAACAUGCGUCAUCCUCCUCUACACAAAAACAAGUAAAAAACAAGUAA